CGUUUGUUUGCUUGCAUUCAAUGAAUUGGUUUUGAAAAUUAAGUCUUGAUUUUCAUGUCAUUUAUUAAAUGAUUUGUCAUUAAAAUGAGUGAAAGUAUGGCACAAUUGAGUCAAUCCAUCGAUGAAUCACUCCUGCGAUUGGAUUCACUGAAACAGAUGUCAGAAUCAGCCGAUAAUGAGGUGACAAUUAAUAGUUUAUGCAAAUCAUUAGCAGUUCUCUACAAUAACAGAGGGUUUCUGUACUACAGAGCCAUUGAAUUCAAUUUAGCCGCCGAUGACUACACAAGAGCUUUACGUUUGGAUCCGUGUCUAGCGAUCGCUCUCUAUAAUAGGGCUACCAUUCACUAUAGGAUGAAUAAUUUCCUUAAAGCUUUUGAAGACUUAAAGAUUGCCAUCGAAUUGGAUCCAAACAAUCGUGAAUUUCAAUUGGCAUUUGACGCCAGUUGUGAACAGUUGGGGAUUCAGUCCAGACCUGAUGAGCCCUCGGGAGGGGCCGCCCGUCUCGUCACUGCCUUCAAUGCCUACAGAGAUUGCGAUCCAUUAGUCCUCUUCAGUGGCGAUAUAAUGUCCCCAUCGAUCAUGAGUACUUUCACAAAAGGCGAGCAAAUGAUUCCCGUUUUGAACGCAUUGGCCGUCGACUGUGCCGUCUUUGGCAACCAUGAGUUCGAUUUUGGUGUCGAUCACCUCAAGUCAUGGAUGGGAAGGACUUCUUUCCCGUGGCUAAUGAGCAAUGUAUACGACCACAAGACUAACCGUCCCAUCAAUGAUGCCAUGGUUUGGCAUAUCAUCGAUAGGAAUAAUAAAAGGUUGGGAAUCAUAGGCUUGGUUGAGGAGCAAUGGUUGGCCGACUCACUACACGAGGGGUACUUAUACCGAGACUUCGUAGCGGAGGGCAGAAAACUGGCCAAACAUUUGAAAGAAAAGGCGAGUCCUUUGAAACAAUGUGUGGCCGAAAUCGAUCUAAUACUCGGCGGACACGACCACGACUACCAGAUCCGCAAAAUCAAUAAUAAAGUUUGUGUCAAAAGUGGCACAGAUUUCAGACAAUUCAGUAAAAUCGACAUCACAUUCAUUGAUAGUGAAGAAUAUGAGAUCGAAUGCCAAGAAAUUAAUGUCAAUUCAUAUGAUUUCAAAGAAGACCCGACACUGAAACACGAGUUGACAAAAUUCGGUUCCAUCCGAAACAGAGAAACAAAUUUAGGAAAUCUCAUCAGUGAUAUAGCGUUAGUGACCACCGGUUCGGAGGCCGUGCUCCUCAACUCAGGUAUGUUCCGAAGCGAUCAAAUCCAUUUGAAAGGCGACUUCAGGUUUAGAGAUUUGGUCCGCAUUUUGCCGAUGAUGGACGAGUUGGUCAUUUUGAACAUAACGGGAUACCAACUCUGGACAGCCCUCGAGUGUGGACUCUCCCGAUGGCCAACACUUGACGGCAGUUUCGCACACGUGUCCCGAAUUCACUAUGAGUUUGAUCCGCACAAACCCGCCGGCAGUCGAAUUGAUCCCAAUUCCAUCACAAUUGGAAACAAAUGUCUGGAUCUGAAGGCGAAGUACAGACUUCUAACGGAGGAAUUUCUUCACAAAGGAAAGGAUGGCUAUUAUGUGCUCAAAGAGUGCGAAGUAUUGAUACCUAAAGAGCAUUGCGUGGAUGUGUUUACUUUAGUCAAGAAGUACAUGGAAUCGGUCGCACAAUUGGCAGCCGAUCCUCAGUCUGAUUGCAAGACAUUGGUCUGCAGUUCAGGCCCGAAGACCACUGCUAUAGAAAUGACUGAAUAUUUAGAUUUCGAGUUAGAAUUACGAAAAUUUGAGCCUAAAGUCGACGGACGUAUCACUUGUUUAACUAAUGUGUCAAACAUAUGA